AUGUCAGGAGGUGGAGAGCCCCCGAGUCCAGGCAAUGGAGGCAUUCGCCGGCGACACUCGUCGCAUUCCUACAUCGACGAUGAGUACCAGAGCGCGGCAGUGCAAACCGGCGAUACCGUGGCAUCAGCGACCAUGUACACGAUGGAACCCCCGCGACGCUCAGCAACAGACCCCGAUGCUGCCCCCGCCUCGCAGUCGUCCGCCCUUGAUCCAACCGCCAGACCAUCAAUGUCUCGCAUGUCCACCGACGCCGCGCCUCGAGUUCGCUUCUCUACCGACAUUGAGCGCCACCCGUCCGCACAAAAGUCACGGCCAGGCACCGCAGGAGCGUCAAUUGAUGAGAUUGCGCAGGCAGGGAGGGCUUCAGCGGCUUCGAGAAAGCGGUCUGGCACCCCAGAUCUUACCGUCGACACACAUGCUCGUCCAGCAGGGAGCUCCUCUGCGGUAGGCCAGAGCACUAUUGUGUCCCCUCCCGCUCUCUCUCCCCUUUCACCAAGGAGUUCUGGCAGCAUUGCUUUGUUCAAGAGGAACAUUCACGACCAGACACAAUCGCCAGGGGCGAGCAUUGAGCUAGAGGAGAGAGCUGGGUCGUCACGGCAUACCCUUGUGGAGGGAGACGAGGCAGGAGAGAAGGAUCGAGACACGGUGGUUGCGAUUUCGCCCGCCGGUGUCGAUUACGGUUCGGAACACGUGGGAGCCCCGAAGGGGAAACUAGGGAAAGGACCCAUUGCGCUCCGAAACUACGACACCUGGCUACAGGCAAAGGAAAAGAAAACGGGCAUAGUGCAAAAGGCUCGAGCCUUUGGCGUCCAAGCAAGGAAGUUCCUUCUCCGGAUCAAGGACAUCCCCCCAAGCAAGGAUGGUCGGCAUAUUGAUCUGGAUCCCACGCGGAAAGAGCGUCGCAUUGACGAACGCACAAAGCAGCCCUACACCAGCAAUUGGAUCCGCUCUACCCGCUACUCGGCCUGGAACUUCUUCCCGCGGCAAUUAGUAGCGCAAUUCUCCAAACUCGCAAACUUCUACUUUCUUUGCGUGUCUAUUCUUCAGAUGAUACCCGGUCUUAGUACCACGGGGACUUACACGACUAUCGUGCCCUUGAUGUUUUUCGUUGGACUGUCUAUUGCAAAAGAGGGGUAUGAUGAUCUGAGGAGAUACCGGCUCGACAAGGCGGAAAAUAAUCGAGAGGCUCAGGUGCUUCAUGCAUACAAACCGACCCCAACGAGCAUCUCCAGUGAUGCAGAAAAUUCAGAGUCGCCUUCGGUUGGGCCUCUUCAUUGGGCGGCGACUAAGUGGCAACACAUUAACGUAGGCGAUGUCAUUAAGCUGGAACGUGAUGACGCUGCGCCAGCCGACUUGGUCCUCCUACAUACAACCGGCGAGAACGGCGUAGCCUAUGUGGAGACAAUGGCCCUAGAUGGAGAAACUAACCUCAAGAGCAAACAAACCACAGCCUCUCUUUCGAAGGCCAUCACAAAACAGGAAGAUGUAGCUACGUGCAACGCCGAAUUCGUCGUCGAAGAUCCGUCUCUAGAUCUAUACAAUUUUGAAGGUCGUGUGACGGUUGCGAAGAAGACCGCACCUUUGACCGUAACAGAGAUCAUCUAUCGAGGCAGCAUCUUGAGAAAUACCCCUGACGUUGUAGGUAUGGUCAUCUACUCGGGAGAAGAAUGCCGAAUCCGGAUGAACGCCAACAAGAACCCCAGAAUCAAGGCCCCAUCACUCCAGUUCGUAGUCAACAGGAUCGUCAUCGUCAUCGUCAUAUUCGUUCUGUUGCUAGCUAUCUUUAACACCGUCGCUUACCAGAUCUGGUCGGAACGCACCGAGGAGCAGCUUUGGUAUCUGUCAAAUGCAUCGGUCGCCUUCUUCCCCAACCUAACCUCGUUCAUCAUCAUGUUCAACACCAUGAUUCCGUUAUCGCUCUACGUAAGCUUAGAAAUUGUCAAGCUUGCGCAGAUGUACUUCCUAAAUGAUAUCGACAUGUACGAUCCUGUUUCCGAUACACCCUGCGAGCCGAGGACGUCUACUAUCAACGAAGAGCUUGGACAAAUCAGCUAUAUAUUUUCGGAUAAGACGGGCACUCUUACCGAUAACUCGAUGAAGUUUCGAAAGAUGAGCAUUGCAGGAACAGCUUGGCUCCAUGACGCUGACCUGCAGGAGACCCAGAAGAAGCAGCUUCUACAUAAGAAAAGGAACAAGGGUAAAAAGCCCGUCAGGAAGAGCGUCCGGUCGGCAAGGGAUAUGAUUACACCCAUCGAACCCACGACCCCUGCUCUUGAGGCCAACGAUAUCCAAGAUAUAGUCGAACCGGAGACUCCCGGAACGAAGUGGAAGUCUUCUGCAAGACCUGGGAAGUCACAGCCAGAACUACUGACCGUCGAUUUGCUCCGGUAUAUCCAACGGAGACCGCACACGUUGUUUGCAAAGAAAGCUCGUGUGUUCCUUCUAUCAAUGGCGCUAUGCCAUACUUGUCUUCCGGAAGCCCGGGAAGAUGGGACGACGCACUUUAUGGCAUCGUCUCCCGAUGAACUUGCUUUGGUACAGGCAGCUCAAGAUAUGGGCUUUCUUCUCAUCAAUCGCGAUGUUCAUACCAUCACACUCAAGAUUAUGCCUGCUGGAACUGACGCAGAGCCUAUGUUUGAGACGUAUGAAGUCCUCGAUGUUAUUGAGUUUUCUAGCAAAAGGAAAAGAAUGUCUAUUGUCGUUCGCUUCCCCGAUGGCCGGAUUUGUAUCUUCUGUAAGGGCGCAGAUUCGAUCGUCAUGCAGCGGCUAAAGCUGUCCACGCUUGCGAAUAAAAAGAUGGUGGAGAUUGAACGUCGUGCGAGUAAGAGGAAGAGCCUAGAGGCGCAAUAUGCUAUCGCUCGUAAGAGCGAGCAGAUAGAGCGGAAGAGCAGUGUGGGUGGCCGACGAAGUAUGACUCUUGCUGGUGCAGCUCGUGCAAGUUUCACUCUCGGUCGGGCGAGCACUUCGUUCAACCGAGCUAGUAUUGGUGGUCUUGGACGGUCUAGCACGGGAGGUCGCACACCCCAGCCGAUGCGUGAUGAGGUUGAUCAGUGGUUACGCGAGCGCGAAAGAGAUUACGAAAUUGAGUCGAUUGAGGAAACCAAUGCAUACUCGCCUCGGCCUUCGGGUCUUUCCGGUCUCAAUCGCUACUCAGUAGCUCUGUCUGAGGCGAGAAGCUCGUUGCAGAUGGAAGAAAUGGAGGGUAUUGUUGACGAGAGUCUUGUUGCUGAUGAAGCUGCGGUUAUUGAGCGCUGCUUUCAACAUAUUAAUGAUUUUGCGACAGAGGGUCUGCGUACCCUACUCUACGGAUACCGAUUUCUAGACGAAGAUGAAUACAUGACUUGGAAGAAGGGAUAUCUAGAUGCCACCACAAGCCUUGUUGAUCGACAACGGUUGAUCGAGGAAGCAGGAGAUCUUAUCGAACAGGAACUCGAGCUCUCUGGCGCAACGGCUAUCGAAGACAAGCUUCAGCAAGGUGUUCCCGAAGCCAUCGACAAGUUGCGCAGAGCUAAGAUCAAGAUGUGGAUGUUAACUGGUGACAAACGCGAGACUGCCAUCAACAUCGGGCACUCCUGCCGUCUGAUCAAAGACUACUCCUCAGUUACCGUCCUAGAUCACGAGACGGGCGAGGUAGAGCAGAGCAUUGGCGCCGCUAUUCUAGCUAUCAACCGCGGGACUGUUGCCCACUCUGUCAUUGUCGUAGAUGGCCAAACGCUUGCCCAGAUCAACGAAGUAGAACCGCUCAAAGUGCUCUUCUACGAUCUCGCUAUCCUCGCGGAUUCGGUGAUUUGCUGUCGUGCCUCGCCUUCGCAGAAAGCAGGGCUUGUCAAGAAUAUCCGCAAGCGUGUUAAGAAGAGCAUUACUCUCGCGAUUGGUGACGGUGCCAACGAUAUUGCCAUGAUCCAGGAAGCGCAUGUUGGAAUUGGUAUCACGGGUAAAGAGGGUUUGCAAGCUGCCCGUACGAGCGAUUACUCGAUUGCGCAAUUCAGGUUCUUGACGAAGUUGUUACUAGUGCAUGGAAGGUGGAAUUAUAUUAGAACGUGCAAGUAUACCGUUGGAACCUUCUGGAAGGAGAUGCUCUUCUACCUCACCCAAGCCCUUUUCCAACGCUCCGUCGGUUACACCGGCACCUCACUCUACGAAUCCUGGUCCCUCUCCAUGUUCAAUACACUCUUUACUUCACUCCCCGUCAUCUUCAUGGGCAUCUUUGAAAAAGACCUCGCCGCAUCAACCCUGCUCGCCGUGCCUGAGUUGUAUACAAAAGGUCAGCAGAAUGGCGGGUUCAACUUCAAAGUCUAUCUUGGCUGGAUGUUCAUGGCGUCCAGCGAGGCCAUGAUAGUAUAUUUCUGCAUGCUAGGCUUGUACGGGCAAGCGUUGUUCACCGAGGAUAAUUCCAUCUUCGCGCUUGGGACGCUGACUUUCACGAGCUGUGUUAUCCUCAUUUCUACAAAGAUGCAGCUAAUCGAAAUGCACUCCAAAUCCCUUCUUGCCGCACUCUCCCUCUUCCUCUCCAUUGGCGGCUGGUUCCUCUGGAACAUCAUCCUCUCCACAACCUACAAACCCACAUCUAAGAUCUACUACGUCCGCAAUACUUUCUUCGCCUCCUUUGGCCGCAGCCUGGGUUGGUGGCUCGCACUUAUCCUCAUUUUGUCCUCUGCCGUUGUCUUCGAGCUCGGUGUAGCAAGCUUGCGUGCGAGUUUCUUUACGACGGAAGAAGAUGUGUUUGUGGCACUGGAGAAGGAUGAGUGUGUUAAGAGGAGGUUUGAGGAGGCGGCGGCUGGGGAGUUACAGGCAGGGUGGGAGGAGAGGUGGGAUGGGAAGAAUAAAAAGAAGAGAGAGCAAGAAGAGAAAGUUAAGAAAGUGUUAUUCAUUGUGAAGCCUUCGUCAGGGAACUUAAGGACUCCUCGCCUCCGACGGGAGCUCUCGACCGAAACGCGCAGAGGUCCCGGUCUGGGAAAGUCGGAGUCGCAGACCAGAGUCCAGGUCAGCGGGUUCCAGCCUUCAUCGCGGAUGUGA